AUGAUCACCCGUCAAUUAUUUAAUGCUUCAAGAAUAUUAUCUUCAUCAAGCAAAUUUCAAUGUCGUAAUUUUGCUCAAGUAAUUACUGGUGAAAUUAGUAAUAAAAAGGUUCAAAUUUCAAAUUUUGAACCUAAUAAACAUAUCAAUUAUCAAAGAAUACAAGAUCAUUUGGCCAUUGUGAAAAAAAGACUUAACCGACCACUAACGCUUUCUGAAAAAGUUCUUUAUGGUCAUUUGGAUGAUCCUCACGGUCAAGAAAUUAUUAGAGGACAAAGUUACCUUAAAUUACGUCCUGACCGUGUUGCGUGCCAAGAUGCUACUGCACAAAUGGCUCUACUUCAAUUUAUGUCUGCUGGUAUCCCAGAAGUAGCUGUUCCAACAACGGUUCAUUGUGAUCAUUUAAUUGAAGCUCAAAUAGGUGGUGCCAAAGAUCUGGAAAGAGCAAUAUCGAUCAAUGCUGAAGUUUAUGACUUUUUGUCUUCUGCUACUGCAAAAUAUGAUAUUGGGUUUUGGAAGCCUGGUUCUGGUAUCAUUCAUCAAAUUAUUUUAGAAAAUUAUGCUUUUCCUGGUGGUCUUAUGAUUGGUACAGAUUCUCAUACCCCAAAUGCUGGUGGAUUGGAUGUUAUACUUAAAGUGGCUGGAAUUUUAACUGUAAAAGGAGGUACAGGUGCAAUCGUUGAAUAUUUUGGUCCAGGUGUUGAAUCAUUAUCUUGUACCGGAAUGGCCACCAUCUGUAAUAUGGGUGCUGAAAUUGGUGCUACAACAUCUCUCUUUCCAUUUAAUAGUCGUAUGAGUGAUUAUCUUCGUGCCACUAAUCGUGCUGAUAUUGCAGCCUUUUCUGAAUCAUUUGCUCACAAUUUAAAAUCAGACGAAGGUGCCAAUUAUGAUCAUGUUAUAGAGAUAAAUUUAUCUGAAUUAGAGCCUCAUAUCAAUGGACCAUUUACGCCUGAUCUUGCUACCCCUUUGAGUAAAUUUAAAGAUACUGUAGAAAAAAAUAAUUGGCCUUCAGAAUUGAAAGUUGGUUUGAUUGGUUCUUGUACAAAUUCUUCAUAUGAAGAUAUGUCUCGUGCUGCAUCUAUCGCUAAACAAGCUCUUGAUCAUGGAGUUAAAGCUAAAUCAAUUUUUACAAUUACACCUGGUUCUGAACAAAUCCGUGCAACUAUUUCUCGUGAUGGUCAGGCAGAGAUACUUUCCAAGGCUGGAGGUAUUGUCUUGGCUAAUGCUUGUGGUCCAUGUAUUGGACAAUGGGACCGUCAAGAUGUGAAGAAAGGGGAAAAAAACUCUAUUAUAACAUCUUAUAAUAGAAAUUUCACUGGACGUAAUGAUGCCAAUCCUGCAACUCAUGCUUUUGUUACCUCUCCUGACAUUGUGACUGCAAUGGUUUUUGCUGGUGAUCUUAAAUUCAAUCCUCUUAAAGAUGCUUUGAUUGGUAGUGAUGGAAAGCCUUUUAAGUUCGAAAAUCCAAAUGGAAAUGACUUGCCACCUCGUGGUUAUGAUCCUGGUGUAGACACCUAUCAAGCACCUCCAGAAAAUCGUACUUCUGUUCAAGUAUUAGUAGAUCCUAAAAGUACCCGCCUUCAAUUAUUGGAACCAUUUCCAAAAUGGGAUGGUAAAGAUGCAGAAAAAUUGCCAAUUUUAAUUAAAGUGAAAGGCAAAUGUACAACAGAUCAUAUUUCUAUGGCUGGUCCUUGGCUUAAAUUUCGUGGACAUUUAGAUAACAUUUCAAAUAAUAUGUUGAUUGGAGCAGUCAAUUUUGAAAAUGGUAAAGCCAAUUCAAUUAAAAACCUUUUUACCGGAGAAUAUGAUGCUGUACCUAAUGUAGCCAGGGAUUAUAAAUCCAAAGGUGUUUCUUGGGUUGUAAUUGGCGAUGAAAAUUAUGGCGAGGGGUCUUCCCGUGAACAUGCAGCACUCGAAGUCCGUCAUCUAGGUGGUGCCGCUGUGAUUGUUAAAUCAUUUGCAAGAAUUCAUGAAACUAAUUUGAAGAAACAAGGAGUUUUACCUCUUACAUUUUCUGAUCCUUCAGAUUAUGAUAAGAUUGAUCCAACUGAUAACCUAUCAAUUAUAGGACUUACUGAAUUGGCGCCUGAAAAACCCAUGACACUUAGAGUUCAUAAAAAAUCUGGCGAAACGCUAGAUUUAAAAGUUAAUCAUACAUUCAAUGAAAAUCAAAUUCAAUGGUUUAAGGCGGGUUCUGCUUUAAAUCUUAUGGCAGAAAAACGAGCUUAA